GGUGGCCACGUGAAAGACUAGUCUGGAGUCCUCAGAGGUGGCCAGGCCGCCCAGGCCUGAGCCCAAGAGCUUCCUGCCCACAGAGAUGAGGAACUCAUCAGGGCUCCUGCGGACAGCUGGAGUCCCUCUGGUUUCGGCGACCUGGCUUCUGCCCAGCCCGCCCCCGGCAAUGCCCACAGUGGCAGCCAGGCCACAGAUGGAGCGCGUGGACAACGGCUCGCAGGGGGCCCCCCAGCUCUUCCUUAACAGCGCGCUGGCCCGAGGCAUGUCAGGUGUAUUUGUAUGGACUGCUCUGCUGCUCACCUGCCACCAGAUAUACUCCCACCUACGUUCCUACACCGCGCCGUGUGAGCAGCGCUACGUCAUCCGCCUCCUAUUCAUUGUGCCCAUCUACGCCUUCGACUCCUGGCUCAGCCUCCUCCUCCUCGGGGGCCAUCCCUACUAUGUCUACUUCGACUCUGUCCGAGACUGCUACGAAGCAUUUGUCAUAUACAGUUUCCUAACCUUGUGCUUCCAAUAUCUGGGGGGCGAGAGCGCCAUCAUGGCUGAGAUCCGCGGCAAACCCAUCAGGUCCAGCUGCUUCUAUGGGACCUGCUGUCUCCGGGGCGUGUCCUACUCCAUCACGUUCCUGAGGUUCUGCAAGCAGGCCACACUACAAUUCUGUAUCGUCAAACCAGUCAUGGCUUUGAUCACCAUCAUCCUCCAGGCCUUUGACAGAUACCACGAUGGAGACUUCAAUGUCCGCAGCGGCUACCUGUAUGUGACCCUCGUGUACAACGCCUCUGUCAGCCUGGCUCUCUACGCUCUGUUCCUUUUCUACUUUGCUACCAGGGAGCUCCUGAGGCCCUUCGAGCCGGUGCUCAAGUUCCUCACCAUCAAAGCCAUCAUCUUCCUCUCCUUUUGGCAGGGAAUGCUGCUGGCCAUCUUGGAGAGAUGUGGGAUCAUCCCUGAGGUUCAAGCUGUGGAUGGCACCAGAGUAGGGGCCGGCACACUAGCUGCUGGCUACCAGAACUUUCUAAUCUGCAUUGAGAUGUUGUUUGCCUCGCUUGCGCUGCGCUACGCCUUCCCCUGUCAGGUCUACGCAGAGAAGAACUCGCCUGCCCCACCAGCACCUAUGCAGAGCAUAUCCAGUGGCCUAAAGGAGACGAUCAGCCCUCAGGACAUCGUCCAGGAUGCCAUUCAUAACUUCUCACCAGCCUACCAGCAGUAUAUACAACAAGCCACACAUGAGGCCCCGGGGCCCAGCCAGGGUGGGCACCAUCCAUCACCCAGCACCCACCCUGGCCCAAUCAGUGGCUCCAGAGUGGGUAAAAAAAGCCAAAACAUAGAGAAACGCAUGCUGAUUCCCUUUGAGGACCUGUAGGGAUGAGGAGAGUGUGGAGUCUGGCUGGGGACCCAGUCUGCCUGGGCCCCCACCCACCAGCUUACUUUCCAGAGGCCCAGCCUCUCCUGAGAAACCCCCUGCGAGGUCUUGGGGGCCCUCCCCAUCCCACAUAUGGCCCAGGGAAAAGUCACCUGGGCGAAAUGGACAAGCCCAAGGACCCAGUGGCGUGACCAGGCCGCAGGUGGACCUGAGAGCUGGCUACUCCUUCCAUACCACAGGCCCACGAGACAGAUGGUUAGGUCAACUGCAGAGAGGGACAGUCAGGAAGAAUAGGCCCGGUCACCUAGGACUGAGGAGCCACAGAGCCUGGGCCUGGCUGUGGCUAUCUUGGGUGCAUGAAGAAACCCCCCUGCCCUUUAUUCUAGCACAGAUCCUUGGUAAGGCCCCCACGGGGGUGGCCUGGCCUCUUAGCACAGCAUGGCUGUGAGGGCACCAGCCU